GAAGUCACAAUAUGGCUUAAAAGGCUGGGUAUAUGGUGAGUGUCACACUGGACAAGCUGGAAAGGGGCUCUGGAAUCAGGAGAAAUACCUUGGUUAGGUCUCAGCAAACAGGAACCACACCUCUGGCGCAACCAGCCCCAGCUCCUUCUGUGUCCGCAGCACCCAGCUGAGCAGAACUGGCAACCACUGCACAAAUGGCUACUUGGGCCUGGGCAGACAAGCAGGUGGACCAGGUCCAACAGAAUAAGAUCUGAGAGUCUGUGGAGGCUGAAGAGAGAGGAAGGAGAAUCUGCUAUCAGAACUGGAGUUUCCUAAAGGAGCAUGACCAAAUGGGUAAGAGAAAGGAGCAGAAGCCACUGCCAAACUGUAUAUCUGUGUUCUCAAGCAAAGUUCCCAACUCAACCAACCAAACUACCGGCAGCCAAAUGAAUACUGAGCUUGGCAGGGUUCUGGUAAAUAUGAUCUUCAGCAGUGGUGCACAAAAGAGGAAACUUGAGGGUGAGCUCCAGCUUUCCUAGUGCUUCAGUAACAAUAUAACAGCAACAAAGCAAGUUCUUUCAAGGGUAAAAACAGAUCUGGUCCAACAAAGCCAUAAUAGAUGAUCCUCUUCGUAUUUCUGGUGACUGUGCCAUAUACAGGCAGCACUACA